ACUGCAGCCGUCGGGUCGCGGAGGCUUUCGCUUUGCCGCCGCGUCUGGGCGGCGGGAGGAGCGGGCUGGGCGGCUGGCACUUGGGACUUCAGGCUCUGGCCGCGCCGAGGGGCGCUCCUAGUGCAGCCUUCCCGGCUUGAGGCUUCUCCGCCGAGGCGCCCGUGCCCCCCGGGCUCCUUGCCUCGGCCCCCCGCGGCCCCGAUGCCGAGGUAUGGAUAGAGCGGCUUUGCGCGCGGCGGCGAUGGGUGAGAAGAAGGAGGGCGGCGGCGGGGGCGCCGCGGCGGCCGCAGACGGGGGUGCAGGGGCCGCUGCCAGCCGGGCGCUGCAGCAGUGCGGCCAGCUGCAGAAGCUCAUCGAUAUCUCCAUCGGCAGUCUGCGCGGGCUGCGCACCAAGUGUUCCGUGUCCAACGACCUCACGCAGCAGGAGAUCCGGACCCUGGAGGCGAAGCUGGUGCGGUACAUCUGCAAGCAGCGGCAGUGCAAGCUGAGCGUGACCCCCAGCGACAGGACUGCCGAGCUCAACAGCUACCCGCGCUUCACUGACUGGCUGUAUAUCUUCAACGUGAGGCCCGAGGUGGUGCAGGAGAUUCCCCAAGAGCUAACACUGGAUGCCUUGCUGGAAAUGGACGAGUCUAAGGCGAAGGAGAUGCUGCGGCGCUGGGGGGCCAGCCCUGAGGAGUGUAGCCGGCUACAGCAAGCUCUCACCUGCCUUCGGAAGGUGACUGGCCUGGGAGGGGAGCACAGAGAGGACUCUGGUCGGAGUUCGGCAGAUGCACAGCGGGAAAGCAGUUCAGGGCCUUCGGUGGACAUGCUCUCCCCGCUGGGCAGAGUGGGUGCCAGCACUCAGGGCCCGCGUUCCAUCUCAGUGUCAGCCCUGCCUGCCUCGGACUCUCCAGUUCCUGGCCUCAGUGAGGGCCUGUCGGACACCUGUAUUCCCUUGCACACCAGCGGCCGGCUGACCCCCCGGGCCCUGCACAGCUUCAUCACGCCCCCUACCACACCCCAGCUCCGACGGCACACCAAGCUCAAGCCGCCGAGGACACCCCCACCGCCGAGCCGCAAGGUCUUCCAGCUGCUACCCAAUUUCCCCACACUCACGCGGAGCAAGUCGCAUGAAUCCCAGCUUGGAAACCGAAUCGAUGAAGUCUCCCCAAUGAGGUUUGAUCUCCCUCAUGGAUCCCCACAGCUGGUACGCAGAGAUAUCGAGCUCUCAGUGACACACAGGUUCUCCACAAAGUCAUGGUUGUCGCAGGUCUGCAACGUGUGCCAGAAGAGCAUGAUGUUCGGAGUGAAGUGCAAACACUGCAGGUUGAAAUGUCACAACAGGUGCACAAAGGAAGCCCCCGCCUGCAGAAUAUCCUUCCUCCCACUAGCCAGGCUCCGGAGGACAGAGUCUGUCCCCUCGGACAUCAACAACCAGGUGGACAGAGCAUCAGAGCCCCAUUUUGGGACCCUGCCCAAGGCCCUGACAAAGAAGGAACAUCCUCCAGCCAUGAACCUGGACUCCAGCAGCAACCCAUCCUCCACCACGUCCUCCACACCCUCAUCACCGGCGCCCUUCCUGACCUCAUCUAACCCCUCCAGUGCCACCACGCCCCCCAACCCCUCUCCUGGCCAGCGGGACAGCAGGUUCAGCUUCCCAGCUGCCUGCUUCAUUCAUCACAGACAGCAGUUUAUCUUCCCAGACAUUUCAGCUCAGGCAGCCCCGCCCUCCAGCACAGCUGACAGCACACGGCCCGACGACCAGCCCAAAGCAGACGUGCUGGGUGUUCAUGAAGCAGAGGCUGAGGAACCUGAGGCUGGCAAAUCCGAGGCGGAAGAUGAUGAGGAUGAGGUGGACGACCUCCCCAGCUCCCGCCGGCACUGGCGGGGUCCCAUCUCUCGAAAAGCCAGCCAGACCAGCGUGUACCUGCAGGAGUGGGACAUCCCCUUUGAACAGGUGGAGCUAGGCGAGCCCAUUGGGCAGGGCCGCUGGGGCAGGGUGCACCGAGGCCGUUGGCAUGGUGAGGUGGCCAUUCGGCUGCUGGAGAUAGAUGGCCACAAUCAGGACCACCUGAAGCUGUUCAAGAAAGAGGUGAUGAACUACAGGCAGACCAGGCAUGAGAACGUGGUGCUCUUUAUGGGGGCCUGCAUGAACCCACCCCACCUGGCCAUUAUCACCAGUUUCUGCAAGGGGCGGACGUUGCACUCAUUCGUGAGGGACCCCAAGAUAUCUCUGGACAUCAACAAGACGAGGCAGAUCGCCCAGGAGAUCAUCAAGGGCAUGGGGUAUCUUCAUGCCAAGGGCAUCGUGCACAAAGACCUCAAGUCCAAGAAUGUCUUUUAUGAUAACGGCAAAGUGGUCAUCACAGACUUCGGGCUGUUUGGGAUCUCGGGCGUGGUCCGGGAGGAGCGGCGUGAGAACCAAUUGAAGCUGUCCCAUGAUUGGCUGUGCUACCUGGCACCUGAGAUUGUACGAGAAAUGAUACCCGGGAGGGAUGAGGACCAGCUGCCGUUCUCCAAAGCUGCCGAUGUCUAUGCGUUCGGGACCGUGUGGUAUGAACUACAGGCGAGAGAGUGGCCCUUUAAACACCAGCCUGCAGAAGCCUUGAUCUGGCAGAUCGGAAGUGGGGAAGGAGUGAGGCGCGUCCUGGCCUCCGUCAGCCUGGGGAAGGAAGUCGGCGAGAUCCUGUCUGCAUGCUGGGCUUUCGACCUGCAGGAAAGACCCAGCUUCAGCCUGCUGAUGGACAUGCUGGAAAAGCUGCCCAAGCUGAACCGGCGGCUCUCCCAUCCGGGGCACUUUUGGAAGUCGGCUGACCGCUGGCGGAGCCGCUACUACGGAAAAGGACGCUAUGGUCACCCUGACUUUAAGAGCUCCUGUCCAGUUCUGGAGGAAUACAUUAACAGCAGCAAAGUCAUGCCCCGCUUUGAAAGGUUUGGCCUGGGCGCCCUGGAGUCCAGUAAUCCAAAGAUGUAGCCGGCCGUGCACAUUCGUGCAGAGGGUGUCUUCCUUUCUGAAACAUGAUAACGAAACACACAAACCGCCACCGGGAGGACUCAGAAAAGCUUUGCAUGACUCCUCCGUGAAGAAUGUACAUUACAGAGGGGCGCGGGGCUCAGGAUCGGAGCCAUACCCGCCUCUCCAGACGACACCACUACAGCCAGUGUUUACACAGAGGUUUCUGCCCCGCAAGCUUGGUGUUUUACAGUAGUUAAUAAUAACUCCGCAGAAGGGUGCUGCCACCUCAGAGCAAGAGAAAUGCCCCCACGUUUCCUAUUCUACGAUUCUGCAGCAGCGAGGGACCCAGGGUUGAGCAAGAAGGAAGAAAAGUAGCAUGAAUGUUACUAUUCUAGGAAAAGAGGACAUGACAGAAGGCUUGCCCCGGCCUACGCUCUGGCUCAGACUCCCACUGGUCCCUUUGUUUGUCCUAUAAGGAACACCAACCGUUACUUAACUUGCAGAGGAAACCCUGGCCAGGAACUCAUCUGGACUAUGGGGUCAGGAGUUCCUGAAGAGUUUGGAUUUAGUUUCUGCUCUGCUCCGGGCUUGUUGUAUUAAAAAAGUACAGACAGAAUCUAGGUGGCUUCUAGACAGAUCUGGUGGAUCUUAGCUCAGCUUGUACUGCAGCGGGAGAAAACAGCCACACGUCUGUGGAGACAUUCGCUGCUUCUCUGAGGCCUCCAGGCAGGCACGAAGGCUGUGGAACCCAGCCUUCAUCAUUACACACCCCCCCAGUGCCUCAGUUCACCCCCAAAGCCAAGAGCUAGCCCAUCAGCUGCGUGUCCAGUGAGUCCUUGGUUGAGGAAGACGGUGAAGGUGGCAAAUACAGCCUACGGUGACCCUAGCACUUUAAAACCCAUGUCUGUCAUGCCAGAAGGUUCCAGACAUACCACCACUUCCACUUCCCCAGUCUCAUUGAAGCCUUUUACCCCAUUCUGACCCCUGUGUGUGCCCUGAGCUCAGAUUGGGGCCUGAGGCUGUCCAGAGACUUGAGUGAGACGUACCUAGUAAGUCCCUAUCCGUGAGCCUCAGACUUGUGCUUGUGUUCAUUUCCGCAGGCAGGAGGGAUUGGGGUGAGUCAGACGUGUUGCAGUCCUUGAGCAGAGGUUGAGCAGCAUCCGACUCCACAACCAGAAGGGGGAAGAAAUGGGCGUGGAGAAGUGGGUAGAUUUUGGCCUACGGGCUUACAUAGUCCCACUGUGGAGUGGCCAUGUGGCUCCCCCUUAAACACCGACUAAGGCUCAGUUGUCAGAGCCUGCCCUAGCACCAGAGUCCAGUGCAGGUGUCUGAGAAGUUGGGGGACCCUCCCCACAUCCACCCCAGCACAGCUGUUCAUGCUACAGGAGAGCUGGGACUGUGGCAUCUUGGCCCUGCCCCAGUGUGCGAAGGAGGAAGAGCUGCGAGCCUCUGUUCAGUUCUGCGUGGGUCAUCUGUCCUCUGAAAUGGGACCAUCAUGUCACUUCCACACCCCUUUGGCUUUCCACCCUAACCCUUGGUGUCACUUCCCUACUCUAAACCACAGAGUCUAUAAUUACUGCCUCUGUGGCAGUCUCAUGGCUAUCCCUUCCCAGAGGUCACAAUGACUGAGCUUCUGGCCACUCUCCCACUUUGUGAGUGGUGUGGCAUUGGCCUCCCCUCACGGGUAGAACAUGAGUCAUCAGGCUGGCAGCUGAGUCAGCCCUUUCAGUCAUCCCUCAACACCAGACCACAGAGGGCAUCACACACAGCCCACUGGGUCUCACCCUGUAUCGUAGACAUCUCAGGGCCAGAAACUCUGAGCCCUGCAGCGAAUGUGAUCUUGUGCACGUACUGGGGACCAGUAAGAGUAGCCAUGGUCCCUGCUUUAAGGAGCUGACCAUCUGCUGUGGGUCAGUAUGCAGGGGACCUGACAUCGUGGAACCUUUGGGCCACUGGUGAAGCUAUCGUGCUGGAACCUUCCUCACUUCCUCUCCAAGGCCUGCUGCUGUUUAAGAGAGUCCCCCAUCAUGGUCCCUGUUUCCUUUUCUACUUAAGUUAAUGUGAAUUGAGGUUAGGAAAGUUUGCCUCCUCUGUGCUCUCCCUGUCUCCUGGGAAACACAUGAAGGAUGACAGAUACUGUGAAUUCAGCCCCAAUAGCCACUGUGAAGGCAAUGGAAAAAAAGGCAUGAAGCCAGGCGGUGGUGGCACACGCCUUUAAUCCCAGUACCCGGGAGGCAGAGGCAGGUGAAUCUCUGUGAGUUUGAGGCCAGCUUGGUCUACAGAGCUAGUUCCAGGACAGGCUCCAGAGCUGCAGAGAAACCCUGUCUCAAAAAACCAAA